UUGUGUUCUUUCUUUCUUUCUUUCUUUCUUUCUUUCUUUCUUUCUUUCUUUGUGUCUAUCUUCCUUUUUAUGUGUUUCUAUCUAUUGAAUUCCAUUUUUCACGGUGAUUUUUGCUUUAUUGUAUUUAUUCAUAUUUCUUUCUUUCUAUUUUUCUUUCUUUCGUUCUUUAUUUCUUUCUUUCGUUCGUCCUUUCUUUCUUUCUGUCUUUCUUUCGUGCUUUUGUCUUUUUUUCUUUUUUUCUUUAUUUCUUUCUUUUGUUCUUUCUUUCCUUCUUUCUUUGAUUCUUUCUUCUCUUCAUAUGUUAAUUCCAUCCUUUUUCACGGUGAUUUUCCUCCUUAUUGUGUUCUUUCAUUAUUCUAUCUUUCGUUCUUUCUUUUUUCUUUCUUUCUUUCAUUCUGUCUUUAUUCCGUUCUUUCUUUCUUUCUUUCUUUCUUUCUUUCUUUCUUUCUUUCUUUCUUUCUUUCUUUGUGUCUGUCUUCUUUUUUAUAUGUUGCCUUCUAUUCAAGUUUUCUUUCCCUUUUUUCUUUCAUGCUUCACUUAAUAUUUAAUUAUUUUCACUGCGCUUUUUCUGCUUUAUUUUCUUUCACGUUUUCUUCUUUCUUUUGA